ACAGGGGGACUCUGUCUCAAAAAAAACAAAAAAAGAAUGCCAAGCCAGUGCUAUUUUUUUUAUUAUUGCAAUGUUCAACUGACUCUGAUUUCCAAGGGUCUUUAAGUCUUCUGACAAACUCAAAAAUUUUUAAUUAUAUUUCCCUAUAUACUCUUUAAUCUUUUAAAAUAACUUUUGUGAAACUAAGAGGUUUUUUUUUUUAAGUCAAAUACCAAAAAUAUAAUUCUGAUUGGCUAACACAGGCAAAAUGCAUGUUAAUGGUUGAGGACACCUUUGUUAUUUUUUUUAAAUAUUUUCUGAAGUCAUGUGAACAAAGAAGUAUUUGGAUUUAUGCUUCUUUUAGUUACUGAGCACUUUUUAAAUUAAUCUGGUACCAUCUAAACAGUAUACAAACCUAAUACAUAGGACAUGACGUAUAAUACACAUAUUCAUGCCAACACACAUAAAGACUUGAUGUUAUCAUUUAUUGACUUUUUAAAAGUUAUAUUAUUGGGAUGGUUUUCUUUUUUACAGUCCUAAGCAACCCUUAAUUUUAAAUCUGUAUCUGAAGGUAGAAUUCCAGGUUGUAGCAAAGUGAGAAAUAUACAUCUCAAAAGAGAUUGGUUAUGUAGUUAAUCUGAGUUUGAAUUUCCUGAAGCUUUUUUUUCUCCCUUAACUGAAUAAGUCAGUCAAUUUAAAAGCUCUUGCUCCAGGUUUUAAGACAUUUUUAAUUAUGCUAAAACUUAGAAUAACUGGUCAGAAGUUUACACAUCUUUUCCUGGCUCUAUUGUUCAAGGCCUCUACUAGGAAAAUAGAAACCAGUUUAGUCCUGCAGAGGUCACCAAAGCUGUUACCGGCCACUUAGGCUCAUAUUUGUAGGUUCAUCUGCUCACGGCUGACCAAAUCAAAAGAGGCCAUGUAUUUUGAGUAAAAAAGAAAAAAGAUUUAUGUAAAGCUAGCUCUGAGGAGAUGGAUGGACCUAUUCAUCUCAAAUCACCAUCUCACCCUUUACAGGUGGGCAAGGGUCUUUUGUCUAAGGAACAGAGGGGAGGGGGACCCAGGGAGAUAAUGAGAUUUCCACGUUUGCUUUCUCACUUCCAGCCAUUUAAAGCUCAGCCUCCUUUCUUGUGGAAAACAAACCAGGCUUCUGGCCUCCUGGGGCUGGCACCUGCAUAUUCUGUCACUUUUUUGAGCUGAAGAAAGGAGGGGGUGUUGUUAUGUAAACAUUGUUUUAAAAUAAAAUAACUUUUAAAGUUUUAUUUUGCAGUGCUGGUUACAUCAGGACAAAAUUGUCCAUCUCCACCCCAUAUAUCCAGGCAAGAUCCUUCUAUUUAUUGGGUUCAUUUCAGUUUUCUCCUUGACCUUGAAAUGUGUUCUACCUGUUUUGCUUUUUUUGUUUUGUUUUUUAACUUUUAGAAGGUAGAAUGGUUCAAGCCUCUUAGAAGAGAAAAGUAACCUAUUACUAUGGGGGCUCAGUUACAGAAACAGGCACAGUCAGAAGUGACAGUAUCAAUGUUGCAACACUGGGAAUUUUUACUUCAUAUUAGACUUUUCCAUGCCUGGAGCUAUUUUUCUGGAGUUACAGGAAAGGGGAGUCCCUUCACCUACUUGUUUCAACAGAGUGGCGGCAGCACCACCUCUCAGCCCCACCUCUCUACCCCAGGUGGCCCCAAAUCCCCUUUGAAAGGGUUUGGUUCAGGUAUCAGCAUCACCACCUAUAAGAUUUGAGAUGGAGCAGAGAGGAUGUGGGAGGCUUAAGUCAAGUGUCCUGAGUGAGGCAAGACCAGAUUGUCCCCAGUACAGAGUAGCUGGGAAGUAGCUACCAUAGACUGUCCCGUUUUACCCAAAAUGUUCACCCUAGGCAUGAACUAGACUAUCCAGAGCUCUUGGAUUAGUCAAGGCAUUGAAGAGAAGGCACUGAGUUGUGCCUGGCAGGAAGUCUGGAGUUUCUGGUUUUGAAGCUCAAGAGGUGUAAACCAGGGGCGGGGCCCCAAGUAGGAGGAGGAGGGUAGCUGGGGCAGGGCCCUAGUCAGCUGUGCAAUGCUGCUCAACCAGAGGCGACCCAGAGCGGGAGGAUACCAACAGCCUACUGAAACUCAGGGAAGUAGGAACAUUUCAGCUUUGAUCAUCUAAGACAAUGCUUCAGUUCCAUUUGUCAUUCUGACACCUCUGCUUAUCCUGCAUCCCAGAGAUGGAGUCACUAAUAGGAGUAAAACUCGGCUGCCUGUUUGCCCUGCUGGCUCUCACCCUUGUCUGUGGCCUUAGUCCCAUCUGCUCCAAAUGGUUCAAGAUUGACACAGCUACAGGUCACCACCGCCAAGUCCUCAGCCUCCUGGGCUGUACUUCUGCUGGUGUUUUCCUGGGAGCAGGUUUCAUGCAUAUAACUCCUGAAGCCCUGGAAGGAAUUGAAUCUGAGAUCCAGAAGUUCAUGGAGCAGAACAGAACAAGAGGCAAGGCAGAUUCUUCUAAUGAUGCUGAAUCAGCCUUUGUGGAGUAUCCCUAUGGAGAACUCAUCAUCUCCCUGGGCUUUUUCCUUGUCUUCCUUUUGGAGUCGCUGGCAUUGCAGUGCUAUCCUGGGGCUUCCGGACAAUCAACAGCACAGGAGGAGGAACGGGGUGGGAAUCCUGUCUUCGAUUUCCACAGCCAUGAGUCUCUAAGCUCACCUAAACAGAGUCCCUUCCGGGCCUUCGUCCUCUUGCUUUCACUCUCCUUUCACUCAGUGUUUGAAGGGCUGGCUGUGGGGCUCCAGCCAACAAUAGCAGCUACCAUACAGCUCUGUCUCGCUGUCCUGGCUCACAAGGGGCUCGUCGUGUUUGGUGUAGCAUUGCGCCUGAUAAAGACAGGCACUCAAUCUCGAUGGGCCAUAUCCUCCAUACUGUCAUUAGCUUUCAUGUCCCCCUUGGGCCUAGCCCUAGGGAUGACCGUAGCUGCAGGGGACUCGGAAGGGUGGAAGGGCUUAACUCAGGCCAUAUUAGAAGGUCUCGCAGCUGGCACAUUCCUGUAUGUGACAUUUCUAGAAAUUUUGCCCCGGGAGCUAAGUAGCUGUGAGCCCCCUCUGGCCAAAUGGGGCUGUGUAGCUGCUGGUUUUGCCUUCAUGGCCUUUAUUGCCAUAUGGGCCUGAGAGACUCCUGACUUUUCUGAUGGAUCUAUGUACUUACAAGGAACUCUCCCUAUCCACAAGGGACACCUCCCAGUGGGCUUUGGCCCUCAGGCAUUUUUGUACUAAGAAAUGACAUUCCAUUAGGCAUCAUGUCCAUGGACUGGACUCAAGAUUUACCUACAUGAGAUUCCAUUUCUUACUCAGACUGAGAAAAGAAUGUUGUUUGAAUGCCUGUUAAUUGGAGAAUUGAUAUAAUGAGCAUCACUCCAGAUUUGCCUCUUGUCCAGUUUAUGCUGCUGUGGGUAAUAAAGUGCCCAUUUGACCCCUCCC